CAGGAAGUGUGUUAACCAGCUGAUAGCCAAACUGUCAACAGUGGAAGCUGCUGUAGCCGCGGCGCCGAAACCACCACAUCCACGAUAAAAACAGGAGAAAAGAGAGGUCAAGAGGUCGCCGACAGUGAGACUGGACUGCAGUCCGUUUUUGGAGGAGCGUUGACCACAAAAGCUCCAGUCUCCGCUGCAGGGAGGACGCCCCGUCCCCCGGCCGUCCCGUCCCGCUAUGAGCUCCAGAGGGAGCGGAGGCCGCACCAACGGCUCGCUGCCACAGACCAAGAUCUGCCAGUUCAAGCUGGUGCUGCUGGGCGACAUGGCCGUGGGCAAGUCCAGCCUGGUGCUGCGCUUCGUCAAGGGACAGUUUGACGAGUUCCAGGAGACGACCAUAGGAGCUGCUUUCUUGGCUCAGUCCGUGUGUCUGGACGACACGACAGUGAAGUUUGAGAUCUGGGACACCGCGGGUCAGGAGCGAUACCACAGCCUCGCUCCCAUGUAUUACCGGGGCGCUCAGGCCGCCAUCGUCGUCUUUGACAUCACCAAGCCGGAGACGUUUGAGAGAGCCAAGGCCUGGGUGAAGGAGCUGCAGAGGCAGGCCAGUCCCAACAUUGUCAUCGCUCUGGCCGGAAACAAGGCCGACUUGGCUGAGAAGAGACUAGUCGAGUACGAGGAAGCCCAGACGUACGCCGAAGACACCGGACUGCUCUUCAUGGAGACGUCCGCAAAGACGGCCAUGAACGUCAACGAGCUCUUCCUGGCCAUCGCAAAAAAGAUGCCAAAAACAGACACCCAGAACCCGACACACGCAGCGCGGCAUCGGGGAGUCAACCUGCAGGACCCGGACGCUCACUCCACCCGAGCCUGCUGCGGUGGCGGCAGCAGCAGCGGCAACUAGACCUCCAACCACGCCACGCUCCACCGACCACCGCUCCACCAUACACACACCACAGCAGCCCCGAAUAUCAUCAACGCACAAGCGCCGGAGCGAAACAACGAGAGGCCCGGUAUCUACUCACCCACCCCCUCUCUAUUCAUCCUCCUGUCAAGAAGAAAAUCAAAGAGGAAACAGAGAUGGAGCGAACGACAGUGAGGAGGGGAGGAGCCUGCUGUCGUAUUUGGUACCUAUUGUAAACUUUCUUUCGUUUAAACUCUUUGCCUUGCAACGUCUCAGUCAGUCACCCUGUUUCUUUGUGUUUAAAAAAGAAAAAUACUGUACAGCCUGAGCAGAGCGGCCAUGACAGAAAACCAUAAAGAAGUCAAACUCCUCCUCCUCCUCGUACCAGAGCUUGUGUCUGCUUGCUUUUGUCUCCUCCUGAUCCAGAAUCAGCGAGAAACCCUGCGUUCCAUUUGUAGCCGGAAGUCGGAAACCACUUCCUAAAUUGAAGAAAUCAGAGCAACCCUGACACAGGAUUCAAAGACAACAUGUCUCUUCUUUUUUGUUUCACAGCAAAUCAGUCGCAUGCACGCGUUCAUUUCCUCGUUCGCUGUGUUUUUGACUCACGUCUCACUCACUCACACUCACAAUUAAACAUAAAUUCUAACGA